AGCUGUUUCACCAGACGCGGAGGAAGUCUUACAUAUAACGUGCCACGGAAGAGCCCUAGUCUCUUCAGGUCUCAUCGAUCGUCCGUCGUGCAAAGAUAAACGUCAUCAUGGAGGAAGACGAACAAAAAACUGCAGUAAUGCGCAAAGCAUUCCAAAUGUUUGACACAACGAAGAGUGGUUUCAUCGACACCCUCAAAAUAUCAACGAUAUUGAACACCAUGGGUCAACUCUUCGACGAUGGUGAAUUGAACGCCAUUAUUGAAGAAAAUGAUCCCGAAGGUACAGGCAAGGUGAACUUUGAUGGUUUCUGCAAGAUCGCUGGACGAUUUCUUGAAGAGGAAGAUGCUGAGGCGAUGCAGGAAGAACUCAAGGAAGCUUUCAGGUUGUACGACAGGGAAGGAAAUGGUUAUAUCACAACGGCAACCCUGAAAGAAAUUUUAGCUGCGUUAGAUGACAAAUUAACUAGUUCCGAUCUUGAUGGAAUUAUUGCUGAAAUUGAUACUGACGGUUCUGGAACUGUGGACUUUGAUGAGUUCAUGGAAAUGAUGACUGGCGAGUAAAGAGAAGAAGAGAGUUGAUUUCAUAAAUGACAAUUAACUCAUGUCCUAAAAACAUCAGAAAGGACCAAUGCUUAUGAUAUCUAUUGAA